AUGGAAGAUGAAGAUAUUAGUAUAACUGGAUAUUUAAGGAAGAACUUAUUUAAAUAUUUGAUUUCAUUUUUAAUAUACAUUCUUUCUGGGUAUUAUUUAGGAACUUCAGGAAUAAUAAUUGUGACAAUAAUUGGUUUAUUUCUAAAUACCUCCUCCACCCCAAGAAAUGAGAAUCAAUUGAGCGCAUAUGGAAUUUUAAAUCCAGGGUUCCGUAGAAUACUUGGUGACUUAAGAUUGUAUCAAUUAGAAAGACAGCUUUUCAAUAGAUACAUAGAAAGCGAUGUAGAAGAGGAAGAAAAAAAUGACGAAAAUUCUAAAGAAAAGUACAGUGACGAUGAAAUGAACUAUCCAAUAUCUAAAUUCUCAAACAAAAAAUGUCCUAAAUGCAAUUCUGGGAAAAAGUACAAGAAAUGCUGUGCAUUGUUAUUAAAAAAUUAG